UGUAUCUUUAGCAGGGUAGUGCCCGACAGUUGUUUCAACGUUUUCAAGGACCAAUGGAGGAGGAUACUCUGAAGUCUCAUUUUGAUAAAAUUAUCAAGAUUGGGCAGAAGCAACGUUACCACAGGAAUCAGAAUGAUAACCAACCAUUAGUACCUGUCCAUAAUUCACACGGGAUUGCUCUUUCCCAAAUCUGCCCGAACAACUUGAAUGGAAAUGUUUUGACGCCACUUGAUCUUUGUGAUACAAAUCAAACAAGCCCAGAUGUCCUGUCUCUUGGGUAUCAAGGCUCUCUUGCUGGUGGUUUACCAAUGUCAAAUCAUAGUUCUGUUUCAUCUGUGCAUCCUUCAGCUGGGCUAAAUUCAUCACUUCCAUCAUCUUCUGGUAUUGGUCUUAGCAAUAACUUAACAUCAUCUGGUCCAUUGGCAGCCCCUGCCAGGGAUAGUAGAUAUGGAGUUUCACGAACUCCACCUUUAUCAGUUGACGAACAGAAGAGAAUACAACAAUAUAAUCAGAUGAUAUCUAGCAGAAACAUGCCGCAAUCUACCAUGUCUGUUCCUGGAUCUCUUUCAGGAAGUGAUCUUGGUGGUGUGCGAAUGUUGCCUGGUGGAAAUGGUAUGGGCAUGUUGGGGUGGGAUUAACAGAAGCAUUAGACCAGGGUUUCAGGGAGUGCCAUCAUCAUCUAUGCUUAGUUCUGGAGGCAUGCCUUCUUCUAGUAUGGUGGGGAUUCCAAGCCCUGUAAAUAUGCAUGCUGGAGUUGGUGCUGGACAAGGAAACUCAAUGCUGAGACCUCGGGAGACUGUACAUAUGAUGAGGGUGAGAAGUGCUCUGGUUCUCUCUUCGAAUUUAAUUGGUUCUAUUGGUGAUAAUUAACAUUUUGGGGUUGGAAUUUCUGCUUUUGGCUAUGAAACUUAAUAUCCAUCCAAUUUAGCAUCCCAGUUAUUACAAUGUUUCCAAUAGUUUCUCAACUUGGUUGGGCAAUAAGUUCAUAGCAAGUCAGUUCUAUUUUGAUUGAUCUUGCCUUUGUGCAUCAAUUAACAUUUAUGGUGAUCCUAUUUAUUUUAACC